GUGAUAAUAUGAAAGUUUAUUUCUCACGCCAAAGUUGGCAUGACUCACCCGCCUUACGCUUCCAGUUGGUAUCAACCCGUCAAUCUUCCCCACAACGAAGCCCCGUUUGCCUCUCAUCCAAGCCAGCCAGCCCGCACCGCCAGCGUUGAAAGUCCCGCAUUUCUCAUCCCAUCAUGCUCAUCAAGAUCGACGACCUCUCCAGCCCGGAGACCCGCGCCCUCCUGGCCCUCCACGUCUCCGACCUCCAGCGCAAAUCGCCCGCCGAGUCCUGCUACGUCCUCGACCUCCCGGCCCUCCAACAGCCCGCCAUCUCCAUGUAUACGGCCUGGCACGGCCCGGAUCUCCUCGGCUGCGGCGCGCUCAAGGAGCUCUCCCCCACGACGGGCGAGAUCAAGUCCAUGCGCACGGCGGCGGCCCAUCUCCGCAAGGGCGUGGCGCGCGCCCUCGUGCAGCAUAUCAUCGCGGAGGCGCGGCGGAGGGGGUAUGUGUGGUUGAGUCUGGAGACGGGCACCGACGCGUCGUUUGCGGCGGCCCGGGAGUUCUAUGCUGGGCAGGGGUUCGGGUUCUGUGACGCGUUUGGGGAUUAUGUCCCCCGUGCGGGGACGUGUUUUAUGACGUUGAGGUUGGAUUGAUGUGGAUUACUGGUAGAGGAUGGUUGGUAUUUGAGUAA